GAGGGUUUUAACAAAUUAAUCGAUUCUCUUUCUCUUCCUUUCAAAUUACUCUGUUUUCAAUGGUAAAGAAAGCAAGAAUUUUGGGUUUAGCUUCCAAUCUUCGCCGAUAUUCAACAGCGACGACGCUCCGUCGUGUGGCGGAUGAAGGCGACUGGCUGUACUCCUCCGAGUGGUGGGGGAAAGACGACGGUUCUGAUGCUCAGACGGUUUUCCGAGGAGUUUCAGAUAAGGGAAACGGCGUCGUUUCCGUCCGAGCUUACCCUUCUUCCAGACCAGUUCAGUUAUUACUCCCUUCCCCUGUUAUGAUGAUUUUUUCUCAGAUUUUUGGUGAUAUCUUUAUAUAAUUGUUUUAUUUUUAUUUUUAUUUUUAAUCAUCGUCUUUGCAACAUUUGUGAAUCUGUGAUAAACCAAAUACAAAAUCGUCGCUUUUUUUCUGGUGUCAUUUUGAGUAGUAUUUUGGAAUAGUUUAUCGGGCUAAUUGGAAAUUAGGUGUACUUUUCGGUUACAGAGAAUGCACAUGCCUUUUCUAAAUACUGUUGAAGCUAAUUGAAGAAUGUUAGGUGUGUAGUGUGUACAUUUACAAACGCGUUUAGACGUAGUGUCUUUGAACUUUAUACAACAUGUUACUGAGGAUAUGAUCAGUUGCCUGUGGGUCCUUUUCCAUCUUUUUUUCAAUGAAUUUGUGUUGGGCUUGCUGGAGUCUUGAAUAUAUUGUAGUUACUAACUACAGUAGUCCUUCCUAUUGUUCAACUUUGAUUAUUUGGGGAAGAAGUUUCGAAUGUUUGGCUUAGUUUUUAUCAAAAAAAAAACUUGUGGAGUGCUUAGUAGCCUAAUGGUAUGGAGAUAUUUAAAAUGUGAUGUAGGAAAAAGCACGUUGGCAUGAAGCAGAGAACUGGCUUCAGCGAAGAUACGCUGAGAUAAAUCCUAUUGGUGGGAAACAGGGAUUUAGGGUUAUUGGUUAUCAGUGGAGGACGCUUCAUUUUAACGAUUAUACUCGGCAGAGCACUGUCAAAGUAAUGGCCGCUUAUCGGGAGUCUGAUCCUUCUUCUAUAAUCGUUAUGCAGCAGCCACAUUGUCUAGCUAUUCCAUGUAAAUUCUUCUGUCUUCUCUACAUUUUCAAGGCCUAUACUUCAUCAAAAAUUUGCUCAAAACUAGUUAUUUUGUAGGGUAAAAGUUCCUGCCUUUUUCUUCUACAUGAUCUGCUUGACAACCGUUUCUAUCAUCAACUUUCCCAUCAUGGAAUUAACCAGUAUCUCCAGAAGCAGUUAAUUUUUCUCUAUCAGAUACUUUUGUUGUGAGACUGUUGUCCUUGUCUCUAUGGCUUUCUUUUUUUAAAAUUUUGGAAUGUUUUAUUGGAGUUGUUCAUUGCACCAUGUGAAGUGGGUAUUGUAUUUUCAGUACCUCUCGUUAUGUUUAACCUCUGUAGUAAGCACUUACAACUUGAGAACACUUGGAUGCUUCAUGUCGAUGAUAGUUACCAAUCACUGCUCUGUCGCGACUUUUGCAGAUGUGAAGAGCAUGGUAUCGGCUGGAUUAGCUACGCUUUCAUGUGUUAAUUUUGAUCUCAGUGCUGCAAUAUGUGGGAAGGAACCCAUGAAUGUCUUGUGCAUUGGCCAUGGUGGGGGGAGUAUACCUUUGUUUUUGGCUAGUAAAAUUCAAGGUGCUGUGGUUCACAGUGUAGAAAUUGACCCCAUUGUGAUCUCAGCCUCCACGAAAGCUAUGGGUUUCCCUCAGUAUGCAGUCAUGACGAAAUCUGGGGAGCGGGCAUGCCUGAGUCCUGACCCUGCUUCUGAAGUCCUGUGGAAAGGCAUUCACGAGAGAAUCCAAUUGCAUGAAUCAGAUGCCGAGAAGUUCAUGUCUGAGUGCAACACUCUUUAUGACAUUGUUUUCAUUGAUGCCUAUGACGGCGAAGACAUCUUUCCUAACAAGCUCUGGGACCCGGAUUCCCCCUUUCUUAGAGCUCUAGGAAAUAAGCUCCAUCCGGUGCAUGGGACAGUAGUUGUGAACCUUCAUUCAGAUGUAGACUUGAGUGAUAAUAAUUCAUCUGGUUCACCUGUAUUUCACGUUUUACCGAUGGGGAAGUACGUUUAUAAUGUUUGUAGAGCUUACAAAGAUAUGUUGCUUGGACAUACGAGCUCUCGUGGUGGCUUGGCAUACACAGUUUCUGCUCCUUGGGUGUGUAAUACCUCCUUCGUAGUUUGUAGAGGAUUUGGGAAGUCUAAAGAUAGGGAAUUUGUUUUGAACUCUCUCUUGUCCAAAUCUCUUGAAGUUGAAAGUAUGGUUGGCUUGCCAUUCACAUGUUUAGAAUACCUCAAAAGAGGCUUUACUAUUGUGUCGUAGAUCGAUUUUUUAUUUUUUUGAAACAGUAGAUCGAUUAUCUUACCUAAGGAUACAAUGUUUCUUUUCUG